ACCUUAACCCUCACAUACAUCUACAAAUAAAACAUCAGCUGCAGGAGCAGCAAAUGUGUAGAUACUAAGCUUUACGCUGUCAUCUGAAUACGAUAUCUUCUAUUUGAGCAUUAGUCUCCCAUCUGCGGUUCGUGUCAGGUGGUGGUGCUAUGGCAGCCGGUCGACAACUUGUAGAGAUGCUGGCAAAGCGGUUGAGCUCUCAAGGUUUUGAUAGAGUGUUGAGCAAGGUCAAAAUAAUAUCAGGGGGUGAAGGAAAAUGUGUUGCUGAAUUGAGAGUGGAAGAAGAGCACCAAAACAUUGGAGGAACCCUUCAUGGGGGCAUGACGGCAACUAUGGUGGACAUCAUAUCUACAUUGGCUAUGAUGACCCAUGAGAAAAGCAAAACACCCGGAGUCACGGUUGAUCUGCAUGUUUCAUACUUGAAAGGGGCAAAAGUUGGUGAAGAUGUAUUAAUAGAAGCAUCAACACUCAAAGCUGGAAAGACUUUAGCUUACUUACAUGUUGAUAUAAAAAACAAGAAAACUAAUGAGUUGUUAGCAAGAGGGAGUCAUACCAAAUUUGUUGGUACAUAGUGUAAUUUUUAUAUUGUCCUCAGUAGAGCCCCACAACGAGCGAGCUACUCGAGCUAAAUGCCUACCCUGACCCUCCUCUCACCCGCCAAAGAAGGGGUCUAGCUCGCAUAGCUCGCUAGUUGCGGGGCUCUAGUCUUCAGUUUGUAAUUAAUUUGUUCCCUGCAGAUACAAAAGUCUUGUCGUGAAUAAUAAUAUUAAAAAAAUCUGUGAUACCAGA